CCGCGGCGCACGGUGAGAAUCUCCUGCGGCCGGAGGACCGCGGCAGGCUGGGCGCAGGGCAUCCGCCUCUCGCUCACCACUCGGACCCCGCUUCUCCACCGGCAGCCUCGGUGGCGGCGGCCGCAGAGCCUCGCCCACUCCAAUCCCCACCCUCUCUCUCCAUCCUUAGCUGUUAAAGAACGGCAGCGCCUGGCACGUUCCGGGAGGACCCCCGGAGCAGAAGAGGAAAGGGAGCAGGCGCAAGGAGACUGGAAAGGCAGCAUGCGCCCCCCGGGAGCAGCCUCGGCGCCCACGUUCUGAGGCGGGAGGCUCAGUUCGCCAUUGUGAGCCGCCGCCGGGGGAGUUCGCACGAGCCGCGGUCCCCCCGGGUCCCUUCGGCACCGUGAUGGGGCACCUGCCCACGAGACCGCGCGGCGGCCGCCGUUUCCUGUCUCUGUUCUGGUUCUUUGUGCUGCUCAAGAAUGCCACAACAUUCCAUGUAACUGUUCAAGAUGAUAAUAGCAUCGUUGUCUCUUUAGAAGCUUCAGAUGUCAUGAGCCCAUCAUCUGUGUAUGUUGUGAAGAUAACUGGGGAAUCAAAAAAUUACUUCUUCGAAUUUGAGGAAUUCAACAGCACUUUGCCUCCUCCUGUUACCUUUAAGGCUAAUUACCAUGGCCUUUAUUAUAUAAUCACUCUGGUAGUGGUAAAUGGAAAUGUGGUUACCAAGCCAUCCAGAUCAAUCACUGUGUUAACAAAACCCCUACCUGUAACCAGUGUUUCAAUAUAUGACUAUAAACCUUCUCCUGAAACAGGAGUCCUAUUUGAAAUUCAUUAUCCAGAAAAAUAUAAUGUUUUCACAAGAGUAAACAUAAGCUACUGGGAAGGUAAAGACUUCCGAACAAUGCUAUAUAAAGAUUUCUUUAAGGGAAAAACAGUAUUUAAUCACUGGCUGCCAGGAAUAUGUUAUAGUAACAUCACUUUUCAGCUGGUAUCUGAGGCAACUUUUAAUAAAAGUACUCUUGUGGAGUAUAGUGGUGUCAGUCAUGAACCUAAACAACACAGAACUGCCCCGUAUCCACCUAGAAAUAUCUCGGUUCGUAUUGUAAACUUGAACAAAAACAAUUGGGAAGAACAGAGUGGCAGUUUUCCAGAGGAAUCGUUCGUGAGAUCACAAGAUACAGUGGGAAAAGACAAACUCUUCCAUUUUACGGAUGAAACCCCUGAAAUUCCCUCUGGCAAUAUUUCUUCUGGUUGGCCCGAUUUCAACAGCAGUGACUACGAAACUACAUCCCAGCCCUAUUGGUGGGGCGGCGCAUCUGCAACCCCUGAAAGUGAAGAUGACUUUGUCAGUGUCCUUCCCAUGGAAUAUGAAAAUAACAGUACACUCAGUGAGACUGAGAAAUCAACAGCAGGCUCUCUCUCAUUUUUUCCUGUACAAAUGAUCCUGAAUUGGUUACCACCAAAACCACCCACUGCCUUCGAUGGGUUCCAUAUCCACAUAGAAAGAGAAGAAAACUUUACUGAAUAUUUGACAGUGGAUGAAGAAGCACAUGAAUUUGUUGCAGAAUUGAAGGAGCCUGGGAAAUAUAAGUUAUCUGUGACAACCUUUAGUUCCUCAGGAUCUUGUGAAACUCGAAAAAGUCAGUCAGCAAAAUCACUCAGUUUUUAUAUCAGCCCUUCAGGAGAGUGGAUGGAAGAACUGACUGAGAAGCCCCAGCAUGUGAGUGUCCACGUUCUAAGCUCAACCACCGCGUUGAUGUCCUGGACAUCGUCCCAGGAGAACUACAACGGCACCAUCGUGUCUGUGGUGUCGCUCACCUGCCAGAAACAGAAGGAGAGCCAGAGGCUAGAAAAGCAGUACUGCACUCAGGUGAACUCAAGCAAAUCUAUUAUUGAAAAUCUGGUUCCUGGUGCCCAGUACCAGGUCGUGAUGUACCUAAGAAAAGGCCCUUUGAUUGGACCCCCUUCAGAUCCUGUCACAUUUGCUAUCGUUCCAACAGGGAUAAAGGAUUUAAUGCUCUAUCCCUUGGGUCCUACGGCAGUGGUCCUGAGUUGGAGCAGACCUUACUUAGGAGUGUUCAGAAAAUAUGUAGUUGAAAUGUUUUAUUUCAACCCUGCAACGAUGACAUCAGAGUGGACAACGUACUAUGAAAUCGCAGCGACUGUCUCCUUGACUGCAUCCGUGAGGAUAGCCAAUCUGUUGCCAGCAUGGUACUACAACUUUCGAGUUACCAUGGUAACAUGGGGAGACCCGGAAUUGAGCUGUUGUGACAGCUCCACCAUCAGCUUCAUAACAGCCCCAGUUGCUCCAGAAAUCACAUCUGUGGAGUAUUUCAACAGUCUGUUAUAUAUCAGUUGGACAUAUGGUGAUGACAAAACUGACCUCUCCCAUUCUAGAAUGCUACACUGGAUGGUUGUUGCAGAAGGAAAGAAGAAAAUUAAAAAGAGUGUCACACGCAAUGUCAUGACUGCAAUUCUCAGCCUGCCUCCAGGAGAUAUCUACAACCUCUCAGUAACCGCUUGCACAGAACGAGGAAGUAAUACCUCCAUGCUCCGACUUGUCAAGCUAGAACCAGCUCCCCCAAAAUCACUGUUUGCCGUGAAUAAAACCCAGACUUCGGUGACUUUGCUGUGGGUGGAAGAGGGAAUAGCUGAUUUCUUUGAAGUCUUCUGUCAACCAGUUGGCUCGAGUCAAGAAACAAAACUCCAGGAGCCGAUUUCUGUUUCCUCUCACGUUGUGACCAUCUCCAGCCUCCUUCCUGCCACUGCCUACAACUGUAGUGUCACCAGCUUCAGCCACGACAGCCCCAGUGUCCCCACGUUCAUAGCCGUCUCAACAAUGGUUACAGAGAUGAACCCCAAUGUGGUAGUCAUCUCAGUACUGGCCAUCCUCAGUACACUGUUAAUUGGACUGCUGCUCGUGACCCUUAUCAUUCUGAGGAAAAAGCACCUCCAGAUGGCAAGGGAAUGCGGAGCAGGAACUUUUGUCAAUUUCGCUUCUUUGGAGAGGGAUGGAAAGCUUCCAUACAACUGGCGUAGGAGUAUAUUUGCUUUCUUAACCCUGCUACCCUCAUGUCUUUGGACUGAUUAUCUUUUGGCAUUUUAUAUUAAUCCUUGGAGUAAAAAUGGUUUAAAGAAGAGGAAACUGACUAACCCAGUUCAACUGGAUGACUUUGACGCCUACAUCAAGGAUAUGGCCAAAGACUCUGACUAUAAAUUUUCUCUUCAAUUUGAGGAGUUGAAAUUGAUUGGACUGGACAUCCCACACUUUGCAGCAGACCUUCCACUGAACCGAUGUAAAAAUCGUUACACAAACAUCCUACCGUAUGACUUUAGCCGAGUGAGAUUAGUCUCCAUGAAUGAAGAGGAAGGCACAGACUAUAUCAAUGCCAACUACAUUCCUGGAUACAACUCACCCCAGGAGUAUAUUGCCACACAGGGGCCACUGCCUGAGACCAGAAAUGACUUUUGGAAGAUGGUUCUACAACAGAAAUCCCAGAUGAUUGUCAUGCUCACGCAGUGUAACGAGAAAAGAAGGGUGAAAUGUGAUCAUUACUGGCCAUUCACGGAAGAACCCAUAGCUUACGGAGACAUCACCGUGGAGAUGACCUCGGAGGAAGAGAGGGAUGACUGGGCCUGCAGACACUUCCGGAUCAACUAUGCUGAUGAGAUGCAGGAUGUGAUGCAUUUCAACUACAUGGCGUGGCCUGAUCACGGGGUGCCCACGGCAAAUGCUGCAGAGAGCAUCCUGCAGUUUGUACACGUGGUUCGACAGCAAGCUCCCAAAAGCAAAGGCCCCAUGAUCGUGCACUGCAGUGCCGGAGUUGGCCGGACGGGAACAUUCAUUGCCCUGGACAGGCUCUCGCAGCACAUUCGGGAUCAUGAGUUUGUCGACAUCUUAGGGCUGGUGUCCGAAAUGCGAUCCUACCGGAUGUCUAUGGUGCAGACAGAGGAGCAGUAUAUUUUUAUCCACCAGUGUGUGCAACUGAUGUGGAUGAAGAAGAAGCAGCAGUUCUGCAUCAGCGAUGUCAUCUAUGAAAAUGUUAGCAAGUCCUAGUUCAGAAUCCAGAGCAGACAGGACAUGCCUCCCUUGCUUCCAGAGUUUUUAGGGGCCCUGUUGGCCAUUUUGCUAAGAAGAGCCCCUGCUUUGUAGUCUGUGGCCAAGGAGACAAUCUAUCUCACCGAAGCACCGGGAAGACUUAGCCUUAAAGAGCCUACAGUGUCUUUUGGACUCCUUCACUUCUGGACAUUUAAUAACGGACCAAAUUCAACUGAACACCACAAAGGUCCAGACGCUCUGCAAAGGGCAGGAAGCACAGCACUUCCGAAGAGUUUCCUUGGCCCUUGGCUGGUUGGGCUGAGUUUUUUGUUGUUGUUUUUAAGUGCAAUAAUUUUUGUAUGUGUGAUUUUAUCAGGAAGUUGAAUUGUUUUCUACCCACACGACCGACCAAGCCCAUAGCCCAAGGGGGAACAGGAAUGGUUAGUAUCAAAUUAUACCUCAUUGUUAAAAAGUGGCCUGGCCACACAUGAGGAAAUGUCAAUUCCACUUCAAGGAAAUUGAACCAGCGAUAUCGGUCCUCCAACAUUAAGCUGCUGGAUCAGGAGCGGGGUGGGGGGAGGGGGUGGGGAAGAGAGAAGGCUUCUACCCACAGAUCGACUGCAUAUCUUUUCCAAAUAGGAAAAGCUGUAAUGCAGCUGCAAAGUAGAGUAGAAAAAAUAUUUAAGUCUUAAUUGUUCUAGUUCUUGAUGGUUUUCUUCCUUAUUAACAGUUAAGUGUUGUUUUUUCCUGGGCCCUCUUGAACUAAUGUCACUGUCCAGAUUCUUUUUUCACCAAACCAGAUCUGGUUCAGAACAGUUUGAAGAAGGACUCUUAAGACUCCAUUGCUGUCUGAGCAACCUUGGUGCCUAGACUUUGCAUUCCUUUUUCUGUGGACCUGCAUACAUGUGAAAGCUAUUUCUUUGAGAACUAUAUAGGCUGUGAAAAACGCACUUUCUUGCCCCCAAAGAGCUGGGGAUUUAUGAAGUUAUGGCAACGAACUGCAGCAUGCUAGGAUGAUUAUUUGGCUAUUGUCAAGCGUCUCUAUGAAUUCCAACGGAGGUUUCUUUUGGUUUUGUUUUCUUUCGGGUUGUCAGUUUCAUUUUAACCAGUGUAACUAGUAACAUUUUCUUCGGAUUUUGUAUAAUUACAGUACAUGAUUGUGUAUUGUGACCUACAUGCUGUCAAGAUGGACGCUGACAGCAUCGUGAAGCCUGUUACUUUGUGUCACUUCCUUAACAAAAAUAAGAGGUGAUGGUAUGGAGAUACAAAGGAAAACAUUUGGAGCUGAGAGUAAACACAAGCUGACUGCUUCACUGUGGCAAUGUGGCUGUCCUGCCUUCCCGUGUGUGCUUCCGCAGGCUUUGCUCUUCUCUGUGUAUCUGAUCAUUAACCCCUGGCCCUGGCUUCCCUUCACUCCUGAUCAUAUUCACGAAGCCAUGUACCUAGGAGCAGCUUAAUAAUUUAUCAGUGACCUUAGUGGUGGCGAAGGAUGCCAAGCAAACAGCUCCGCACCCUGCCGUCUCCUGCCACUGAGAAGGCUUGGCCACAGCGGACCUUGGCACGGGUCUUUGCAAGAGCUGGUCAGUGAGUCUCAGGUUCACCUUGCAGGGGGAAUGGCAGAGGACACCCAGACCCCGUGGCUUAACAGCUUGGGCUCCUCAGGUGUUGUGAGUUCUCCCUCGCCUCCCUUCCUCCCCUUCUCGUCUCCCUGCUGCCACCCCCUCUUCUCACCCCUGCCUGUUCCAUUUCCCUUCUUGGACAUGUUCAUAAGGUAUCGCUCCAUUCUCAGGAACACACGGGGCUAAAGAAAGGUGGCAAAGGGAUGUGUGACAUUCUUAGAUUUCCACACAAGGACAGGUCAGGAGGGAUACGGGCAACCUUGGAGGGGGCCAAUAAGAUGGAGUGGGUAGGCUGGAAUUCGUUUUGGCUCCGCAGACCGGACUAUUACUUCCCCUGAAACUUAAAGCACUUCGUAAAUAUUUCAUGUUUUUUUCUUGAGCUGUCGGGAUCAAAUGGUACCAGAUCAGUUUUCCCAAAAGAGAAGAUAAAGUAUCCAGCGUUUGGACUGAAGACUCCGAACUGAGACCACAGAAAGUUCCCACGAAAGCACUUUACCAGAUCCUUCCUUCAGGGGUCUCCAGAGCAGUCACUUUGUUCACUGGGACACGGGUGCUUCUGAGGCUGUAGAAUUUAUAGUGAGGAAAGCAACCGUCAGAAGGCUUGGAUUUUCAUCCCAACAGAUGCCUUUGGGACUUCUCUCUCCCAAGUCGCCGCUCACAAGCUGUAGAAUGUCUUACCAUAGCUCCAGAUUUUUCAGAUAUAAAGAGUAUCAGUAUGACAAUUCACCCAAAGGUGAUUUGCAUCUUGUCCUCUCAUGUACCCUAAAACCACUUUAACCAGCUUCACUUCCACUCCAGGACUCAAUAUGAGCAUUCAGAGGGGAGGUUGCCAGGGCCUCUGUAUUAUUAAUAAGGUUAUUGUUGUUGUCGUUGCUGUUUUAAUCAUCUGAGUGGUGCUACAAUGUUCUGAACUCAGAGGUGCUGGCACAUACAGGUCAAAAUAGCCUACAUGGUGCAUGGAAAGAGAGGAAGACUUUGGAAUCACAAAGUAUUUAACUUACAGUGUGUGGAGAUCCAAUUUCUUCACUGCAAAAGUCAAUUUCUAAAGUUACCAUGAGGGCCUAAUUUAUAAAUUUAAUAUUUAAUACCAAUAUAUUCCUCACUACACAUUAUAUGGUGUUAUUUAACUUGAAAAGGAAAAAAAAGUGAUGGAUGACAACAUUUUUUUGGACAGCAUUUUUAAUUCAAGGCUUAUCAUUUUCCACUACAAAGUCGACAUGACCCCUCAAAUUGAGAGUAGUAAGAUUAUUUUAAUCUCUUAUAAAAUCUUUAAUCAGAUUUUCUAAUGUCUCUCCUUUUCUAAAAGCUUCCCCUCCCAUACCCCCCACCCUGCCCCAAAAGGCAAUACAUCUCUCAAAGAAGGCUGUGGUGUCAACACAGAAGGCAGGGGCUGGAGACGUUGGAUCUGAAUUUUUUUACAGACCAUAUGAUAGCUGCUUGCUGGAGGAUUGGCCCUUAGCCAAGGAGUUAAAGUUACUGAAUCCAAUCUCUAAGAGCCAAAAUCCUCCCCGCUUUCUAGCAAGGAGGCCUUCCUUUCCACCUCAGGAAACGUCUGAUAUAAUGUGCUUCAAAUGAGCUGGCUCGCUUCCUGGCUCACAGCUUUCUAGCCGGGUACUUGGCACAGGCUCCAAGUCCAGAGGCCAUGCCCAGGACUAAAUAUAACAUCUCCUUUGGCCAAAGGGGUUAUAAAGCAACAAAAACAGAACACAUGCAGAUUUCUACCCCUAGUUUUUCACAGCCCCAUUUGGAUGCAUUUGGAAAAACAAAAAACAAAAAACGUGAGCUAUGAUAUCUCUGACACCUGGUCCUUCAGAACAGCAAGAGUUUUGUGUUCGGUUUCAGCCAGUGCUUACGGCCAGGCCUGAUCCUGGUGGGUUCACUCGAUGAAAGAUGGAGUGUGAUGUGUAGCUCUGGGAGUUGUAUCAUGAGGGAUAUUAAGAAACUGAAAGCCGUUCAGGGCAGAGUCACCAGAACCGUUAGGGAUAUGGAAAACAGCAGGUCAAAGUUUCCAAGAACUUGAGAGAAGUGGGGCCCUUAAGCCCGGAGUAAAGUUAGCGUCCUUUGUUUAUUCAAUCAUUAAUUCAACAAAUGUUUGUUGACCGAAUCCUGUUGAACAAAUCAAUCCAUUGACCAGUGAAAGAUUUCUUGAUGACUUGCGAUACGCUAGGCGCUGUGAGAAGCACAAGUGGUGCCAUAUGGUCACUUUUAAAAAUGUGCCAUGAAAUCCGGUUGUUGUUGGAAGGAACAAGAAAACAGUAGUCAAGUCUUUUUCACUAUGUUUCACUUACAUAUCUCAAAACAUUAUCAGUAUAUUUUCGACAGGGCCUACCAGUCAAGAGAACGGUGUUAGGCUUUUUUCCCUAUGGCUUGUAGAACAGCGAACUAGCUUCUCAUUGUUCUUGUUGCUCAUCCGUCACUACCCUGACAUGGUCCUGUUCCUUGAGGAGAAUCACCCAGCCAGCCUCCUCUCCUCCUCCAAAGAGGACUCUCCUCAACCAUAUAGAUCCCUGGUGGAUGGUGAGUUCUUUUCUACUGAGCCCUUCUGGCAUGCCCUCACCAGGCAGUCCAUCCCUUCAUUUGUCAGAAAGUAUUUCCUUCUUCUGUUUACACGUAUAACCACCUUAUUGCUAACAUUAAGAAUGUCUGAGUCCAUACCUCUCGUGGAUAUAGGCUUGAAGCCCAAAUCGUGUCCCCAUUUUGGUAAAAGGGCAGGCGCUAUGUGUGCUAGCGCCCAGAGCUGCUUUGAACACAGGUCUAAUUUCAAACCAUUCCAUUUGAGAAACAGUCAACUCCUAACCCUCUCAAAAAAUCAUUUAUUUACUCAGCAUCCCCUAUGAGGCCCAGGGCCUACGAAGAUGGAUGAGACAAGGUUCCUGCUUCGAGGAAUUUCUAUUCUAUUAGGGGAAGUUAGAAGUGAAACUAAAGGCAACGGAGUUACACGCACUGUGAUAGAAAAACAUAAAGCAUCCAAUGCAGGCCCAAGAGCGGGGCAGGUGAUUUUUUUUUUUCUAGAAGGGUCAAAAAAGACUACCCUGCCAUAUGAAAGUGUUAAAGACCGCAGAGCCAUAUUAAGAAAUACUAAUGAUGUACACUCAUUCCUGCACUCAGCAAGCAUUCAUAAAACCCACUGUAUCAGUCACCAGAGCCCAUAUGGGCAACUUAACCUCCAAUCCUGCCUUCUGAAACUUUUCUUUCUGGAUGACUCCAAAGUGACAAUCUCUUUCCAAGCCUCCACAGACAGCUCUAGCUCAUGUGUUAUUCUGCAAAAUACAGUGAAUUUACUAUUACUGCCGAUGUAACAGCACAUCAAGCCCACAUUUGCCAGCUACUUACAGUCCGUGCUGUGCAAGGAAGAUAGGCAGAAACGGUUAACUCUACUCCCUGGACUGUGAUGCUGAAAAUCACCCAGGAGCAAACUUCCAUCUCUGCCUGUUGGUCUGUCUGUCUCUCUCUGUCCCUCCCUUCCUCCCUCCAGAUUGAGAUGGUGGUGCCAAAAAGACAGAAGGAGACUGGGGCCCUGAAUCACUACCUGGAGCAGGAAUACCUGCCCACCAGCCCAUGAUGUGACCAAGUAACACAUUUCCAUUGUGUUCUCACAGUGAUUCUGGUAUCGUCAGCCCGGGCAGUCAAGCUGCUCUGAACUAAUAUGGCAGCACAAGGAUACAUUUUACGACCGUGGGUGGCCUCCAUUACCAUGGGCAUUUUCCAGGGCAAUGGUGUGUACUUCCUAAUAAAAUUCCCAGAAGGCAGGUGAGAAAUGAAACAGAGCAGAGCAAGGUUACCCCACAAUGCAAACAAGUGCUCAGGAAGAGGCCACAGGAGCAAUGAUGGUUCUUUUAAUAAAGUCUUCUAUGGAAAUAUAUGCAUUCUUCUCCAGAAGUGGUUUUCCCCUGCAUUAGAUCUCUCCUUCUCUUUGUCAUCCCUUUUUAAACCCUAUCAUAAGAAGACCAUUACUUAGGAAACCCACUUGAAUUCUUUAGCCUUAUGUAAGGCUAUUGGCUCUGAAUCAAAGUCCUGGAUUCCUAUUAACAAUAGGUCCCACUGUGGUUUCACAUCAAUAAAAGCCCAAACGUACAGGAGGCCAUGAGGCUUGGCGUGUGCGGUGAUGCUCAGGAAAACUAGGAAAAGUUCACUGGAACCACUACCGCCUUUACAGAUAUAAAACAGAAUGGUCUUGGAAGGGUUCCUUUAUGUCCCAAACCAAACUAGAUUACAUCCUCCCGUAACCCGUGAGUAAGCUUGGGACACAGGCCAGCCAAGGGUCCAGCAGCAUAGCAGAAGGGAGCUGCUUAGAACAAGAGACGAUGGACAGGGAGAGACUUGAGCUGAAACUCUGCCCAUCUGUGACUCACUUGUCUCAUCUGUGAAAUGGACAUGGUGAUGGUGGCUUUUUGGUAGCACAGGGCUUCAAGAAGAUGCCAUAACAUGUGGUGGGGCUGAAAACAAUACGUGGAAAA